AUGACCACAGGAACAAGCAAUACUGGAAAAGAGCUAUGCAUGUCAUUUGAGAACAGUUGGUUUGUGGCAUGCCAAUCUAUUUAUCCUCUGAUAUUUACAACAUUCCAAACCCAUGUGCACCCUUUGGCUGAGGAACUGCCCUCAAAAUUCACCAUCCCCACCCACAUCAUCACUGCCAAAAUGAUUAUGACAGAUCCAGUGGUGCUUACAGCAUUGAAGGAGUGGCCAAACUUUGACAAGAUCAGAGACACAAUGGAUGCCAAUGUUGUGGACCAUCUGUGGUACCAGAUUGAAAGGCCCAUCAACAAGGGUAAAUGGCAUGCAGUUCCAUUAGACCCACUUCAGAUAAGUGACAAUGCUGCUGCCACUGCUGACACUUUGGAAGAACCCUGUGGCCAAUCAACCAGUUGCACUGCUCCUACUGGCACUUGGCCCAGAAGUCAAAGGCCACAGAAGCAUACAAGGUCAGUGGCAGCAAGUGAUGCCAACAUUUCAAUGGCAACUGCUGGAGCAUCUGCUGGUUGUGGCCACUCAGUUGCAGCUCUUGCAACCCCUGCUGCUGGCUAUAUGCCUGUUGCUGAAGAAGACCAAUGCAAUAGCCCUUCACCAGGGCCAUCAGCCACAAUAUCCUUGGAACCCACCACUCCCAUGUGGCAGACCCAGAAGUGGUGGGCAGCCACUAGAAGUAUGACACCUGCCACUGGCAAGACAACCACCUUGGCCACUCCAAGCUCCUGCAGGCAAAUUUUUGAUGGAGUGGUCAUUGUCACUCCAUCCUGGCAGCAGUCAGUGACCCCCAAUGCCACCCCCAUGGAGUGUAUGGAAGAGGAGAUUGCAGCAUUGCAGCAGCAGCAUAUGGAGAUGGCACAAGAUCUCCUAGAUACCCACCAUGAGCUUGCCAAUACCCAGCAGGCCCUUGCAGAUACCCAGACCAAAUUGCAGAUGCUUUGCAAUCUUGUUGAGGCCUUACACCAGCACCUGUACCCAUUGCCACAUUCCUCACCUGAUGCACCUGGACCCUCCUGCCCCUCCCCCACUGGCUUUGCAAUUACAAGUCAUCAAGCAGUCAUUCCCACUGAUGGUGCAAGGAUACUUGACCUUGUGCCCACUACAAUGGUCCAGGGGGUUGCGAUUGAUACCAGCAUCCUCCAGAACCUCCCAGGUGAUAUGCUUUUAGCCCCUUCUACUUUCCUGCCACUACCACCUACCACACUGUCAGAUGCAAGAAAAUGCCACUUUUGCCUCAGUCAUGCUCAGAUGGUCCUUGCCACUGGUACUCACCACUCCAGUAAUCCACCCAGCAUUUGGUGCAAUGGCAUAUCAUGUUUCUACCAUGUGCUGGGAGUUGCUGCUGUGUGCCACUCCAAUCCCUAUGUUAUGGUGACAACUCAUAGGUUGGCUCAACCUCUGCUGGCCCAUGUCACACAACUGUCAACCUCUGCUGGCUGUGUCACACAGCCUAACUAG